AACAACAUUUUAGCAUGAAACAAAGCCGAAAGUUUGUUUUUCGCAAAAGCGUCCAUAAAAAUUAGUUUUUAAAGUGAAAAUUGCAUGUUUUCCCUCAAAAUUUGCAUGAAAAAGAUUUUACGGUGCACUAAAGUGUGACAAGGAAGUGAAUUGUGGCGUCAAAGUGUGCUUGUUGAGAAGAAAAUUGGAUAUUUUGGGUGGCUUGGCGCCAAAGAGGCAGCCAUUCUGUCAAAUGUUGGAAAUUUUGCAUAGUUUUUCACGGAAAUUCAGUGCUAUUGCGGAAGUAACAUAAGAAGAAGGUGCAAAAAGACCUCCUGGUGCUGGGGAGACGAUAAAAAGAAGGCUCUGUGUGUUUGUGUGAAAGUUUUACGGGGAGGUUGCUCCCUAAGCGGGAAGUUUGCGGUGAGACGUCGUCGCCAUGUUCUAUGCACAUAUCGUCCUGGCCAAGAAGGGCCCUCUGGCCCGUAUCUGGCUGGCAGCGCACUGGGAUAAGAAAUUGACCAAGGCACACGUGUUUGAGACGAAUAUCGAGCAGUCUGUUGAGGGUAUCAUGCAGCCGAAGGUGAAGCUCGCUCUCCGGACGUCCGGACAUCUCCUUCUGGGCGUCGUCCGGAUCUACUCGCGCAAAGCAAAGUACCUUCUUGCAGACUGCAAUGAGGCCUUUGCGAAGAUUAAAGUGGCUUUCCGGCCGGGAAUAGUUGAUCUCCCGGAGGAACAUCGAGAAGCUGCCGUUAAUGCCAUUACACUUCCGGAGGUUUUUCAUGACUUCGACACGGCGCUUCCUGAGCUAAAUGAUGUGGAUAUUGAAGCGCAAUUCUCAAUUAAUCAAUCCCGUGCUGAUGAAAUUACAAUGCGCGAAGACUACGGUACCCUGCCAAUGUCCAUCCAUGAUGAUGGAUUUGGGGAUAUGGGAUUCGAUGCAGAUACCCCGGAUUUGGCACGUGAUGCCAUGGAUCCGACAAUUGAUGACAAUCUCUUUGGGGAGGAUUUGGCAGCCAGUAGUAUUGAUCACACAAAAGAACCCGUUCCAGGAACAUCACGCUCGAUGAUUGAGAGUAUGCCACAGGGGCCGAUGGAUGAUGGCUUUGGGGAGGAGUUUGGGCAGCCGGCAGCAGGACUCUUCGAAGGGGAUAUCUUCACAGAUGCCCCAAUGCCUUCGACGAGCCUCCCUCCGGUUACGCAGCACUCCCAUUCGGACGAUGACGAUGACAUGGAUCACUUUGACGGGGGAGUCCCAUCGCCCAGUUCUCCUUCAUCCCCACCACCGAGUGUGUUGCCGGGAGAGACGCCGGUGCAUGUGGGUGGUAGCAGUCCGGUAGAUCGCGUCGCUGCAGCCUUGCAGGCACUUUCCCCAGGGCAAAUUGGGGAGAUUGAGGGUGAGCAUCCGCUGAAUUUGCGUGGUGAUGAUUUGCCAACAGCAGCCGAGGAGGAGCACCUCGAUGAGACGGGGGGAAAUCUCACGAAUGAAGAGGAGAGCUUUGCCCUGGCACCCAUUGAUGCCACCGCACUUAAAGGUGUGACCAAGGCCAAAAGGAAGCGAAAGCUCAUUGUGGACGAAGUUAAAAACAUCUCGGGGGAAGAGAUGAAGAAUCAACUGGCCAAUACGAGUGAUAUUGUCACAACACUGGACCUGGCACCACCUACAAAACGUCUAAUGUUUUGGAAGGAAACUGGUGGGGUUGAGAAGCUCUUUGCACUUCCGUCGCGAGAUAUUCCUGCGCGGAAUCUCUUCAAGAACUAUCAGCGCAACCUGGUGUCGCGUGCAAUUGACCUCGAGGACUUUUCCGUUCUGGGACCUGCAGAGGUGCUGGCGCUGGAGCAGCAGCGUCCUGAGGAACCAGAACCCCUGCCGGUGGUGAAGCGAGGGCGCAAGCGAAAGCAGGUACCGGAGGUGGAAGCACCCGUACCGGCACUGCCGGAUCCGGAGACACCGCGGGAACAGAUGCCCUUCGAUCAGACGGCUGGGUCAUCGAUAAAUAUUCCACGGGAGUGUGAUCCAGCAUUGAUGCCACCACCACCUGCACCGAGUGUACAUCACAUGUCAAGUCCAAAUAGUGGAGUAAUGGGACCCCUAACGCCGGGAUUGCCCAUGACACCGGGACUCCUACUUACACCUGGACUCUCCAUGACCCCGGCGGGUAUGCACGGAGAUCUCGGUGGGCUGGACCAUGGCGGAAUAACGCCACAUCAUGCAAUUGAGAAUAUGGAAUCAAUUCCCAACUUGCCAGCUGACCAGGUGUCGUCAAUUCUCAAUGGAACCGCCAUGGAGAACAUGGGAUUCACCAAUAUGGGCUACGAGGGUCAUCAAACACCCCGAGCGGGGAUGUCCGAGAGGGUGCCCAAUGAUUGGAAUGAGGACUAUGACUUUCCACCCUCUGUGGGCCAUAUGGGCGAAGAACAGCUGGAGAAUGAAACGGACGAACAAUUCGAAGAGAGGGUACUGAACAAACGAGCUGCCCAGCUAUUUAUUGCCGUUAAGAGAAAGCUCCUAAAAUCAGACAGCAUAAUGCUGUCAGAAAUGACUUUCCGCAACUCCAAGAAGCAGGCGGCACAAAAAUUCUACUCACUGCUGGUGCUCAAGAAGUUCCAGGCGCUACAAAUUAGCCAACAUGAACCCUGUGGCGACAUCACAGUUACAAAAGGCGAAAUGUUUGAUAAUCCUAAACUGUAAUGGAUCCCUGCUGAUUUUAGCUCCAACAAGACCCAUUGCUUCUAUGGCAAAUCAAAAGUGUCCCAGAUUUUAUUCAAAUUUAAUUUUUCUUAAAAAAAAAUCAUUUUUUUUUCUUAACAUUUCUCAGUGUGACUGAUCUUUCAUUAUGUAUUCAGUUUCGUAGGCGAACAAAAAGAGGUGUCCUCAAAAAAAUUAGGAAAAAUUAGCAUGAAUUCUGUGUGAUCGAUUCAUGGAUAAGUAUUUAAUUUAUAUUGGUAAGAAUUAACGCGCAUUCAUUAACUGAAGUUUGAGUUCAAUGACGUGUAUCAAUGGCUUAAAAAUUGAAUAUUUUCUUUUUUUUUUUCAUUGAUAAAAUAAAUUUUCAGUUUUUCUUCUAUUUUUGUUAUCCGAAAUUUCUCUUACAAAAAGCACGAUCAAGUUGAAGAGUUUGAACAAAAGAAACUGAAAUUCUGCACGCAAAAACAUCACAAUGAUAUGAUUUUUAAUAGAAAAAAAGCAAAACUUUUUCUUAUUAACCAUUUAACAAAUUAUACUGAGCACCUUAACCCAAAAGAAAACUCAUUAAAAGGUUUUUUUUACUUGUACUGCAAAGAAAUUAAAUAAACGGAAAAUUGAUUUUAUUCAGCAAAAAGAAGACAUUCGAGAAUAGUUAUUGACACCAAUUUUUUUCUUUUACAUUUUGCGCCCAUAAAAAGCAUUUGAUUUCAAUUUUGUUGAAUUAUUAGUUUUGUGGAUGUUUAAACGCGCAAUGUUUUCGCAGAGUUUUAUAAAGAAAAAUCUCCGAAGAAUAAGAGGAAAGACAAAAGAUUGCUGGAAAAUAGAAAUUAUCUUUCUCAUUUCUCUUUAAAGUUUCUUCAAAAAGCGAAGGAUGCGUGUAUAUAGUUUUAGAUAAAUUUUUGACAUUAUUUUCUUAUUUAAUGUUUUGUAUUAAAUUUAGGGGAGACUGGGGUGAAGUUAGUCACAUUAAGGUUUUAUGAUAAUCACAGAAAAAUGCUUUUUUGCUUUGAUUUUUCUUUAAAAUUAAAUUUGAUUAAUUUUACCCCCUGAUUUUUCCUACGAAAAAAAAAACAUGAAUUAUAUACGAGAACUUGAAUUAAUGACGACACUGUACAAAAAGAAAUGAUUAACUUUUUUUUUUAAUUAAUUAGCAUAAUGUGUCAUUGAAUAAAUAAAUGGAAAUUAAAGUGAAUUUGAAAAACAAAUGAAAUGAAAAGAGAAUAAAAAAUGUAGUAAAGAUCAACUUUGUGUAAAUAUGAAAUGUUAGAGAUAAGAUAAAUAAAAUAUAGAAAAAAAAGUAAGUUUAUUAGGGAAGUAAGUUCAAAAAAGUUUUAAGUGAAAAUCUUAAGUACCUACAUGUAAGAGAAAUUAAAUUUAGUCGUUUAAGAUGAUGAGUAAUGAUUAAAAGAAACUGAGAAAUAUGUAUGACAUAAAAUUUAGAUUUUUAUUGAAUACUGUUAAUAUUACCCACUAAAAAAGAAAAUAAAGUGCAUGUUUAGAAGGAAAAAAA